AGCAUGGAGGAUUUGGCUGCCCCUGCGCCCCCCUCAGGGGGCUUCACCUACCUGGUGGCCACCUCACAGGCCUUGGGCCUGGCUGUGAUCCUGGUCUUGGGGGCCUGGAUUGGAGUAUAUCGUGGGGGCAUCGCUUGGGAGAGCUCAGAGCUGCAGUUUAACAUCCAUCCGCUGUGCAUGAUUGUCGGAAUGGUGUUCUUGCAAGGAGACGCCCUCCUGGUUUAUCGCAUUUUCAGGAACGAGAGCAAGCGUUCGACCAAGAUCCUGCAUGGCCUCCUCCAUGCCCUGGCGCUGGUCAUUGCCCUGGUUGGUCUGAUUGCUGUCUUUGAAAACCACAAGAAAAAAAACGCUCCGAAUAUGUACAGCCUCCAUAGCUGGUGUGGAAUUGCUGCUUUUAGCUUCUACUUGCUACAGUGGCUGCUCGGACUGGUCUUUUUCCUCUGCCCCGGCGUUUCGUUCUCGGUCCGCAGCAGAUACAAGCCACAGCACGUGUUUUUCGGGGUCUUCCUCCUCAUCCUUUCCAUCACCACCUCACUGCUGGGGAUCGUGGAGCUGCUGCUCUUCAAGAUAAGGCAGGUCUACAGUUCACUCGUCCCUGAAGAAGUCUUGGCCAACAUCUUGGGUCUGUUGCUGGUGGCCUUUGGGGCAGCCCUGGCCUACAUUCUGACCCGGGACGAGUGGCGAAGACCCCCCUUGGCUGAGGAGCUGGCCCUGUCCAUGGAUUUCAAAACCCUCACGGAAGGAGAGAGCCCAGCAGGCCCCCACUGA